AUGGCUUACCUGCUAGAAGAGCAAAUAUCCAGCAAGGAGGUCAUUGCUUUCCUCCUCCAUCAGACUUUCUGAAUCAAAGAUAACAUUGUCUCUUACCUCCUAGGAAGUGCAGGUUAUUAGCACAGGGAGAGUGAUGCUCCCUGGCUCCUGAAAAACCACAUCCAGACUAUCCUGAACAUCAUUAAAAAGCACAGCCAGGACACGAGGCAGGUUAAUGUGGCAUAUGCAAAGUGUCUUAUUAUAAACCUGUAUUUUGUAUUUAAAGGCCAGAAAGAAAGAGUAGAUGAAAAGCUCCUAAUUCUGUCACUAAAGAUAGAACAAAUGGAUAAACCACAGAAACAUGAAAAGCAGUUGAGCCAGAUGAAAAGUGAUGAAAAAAGACUUCAUGUAUGAAUUGCCACAUUUAAAAGACAGAUCAGGAAGGAGCUUGAGGAAGUGAAAAAUGAAUACAGACCAGGUGAGAAUGGGAUUUCAUGCAAGUUAUUUUAGGAAGAUAUUUCCACAGUAACCUGCUGCUGAAGAAACCACUUUCCAGUAAAGACAGAUGUUAAAAUGACUCUCUGUCUCUC